AUGGAAAACAACGAGAUACAUGUUGCUAUUUGGCAUGCUUGUUCCGGGUUAAUCCGUAUGGCUCCCAUUCUGUCUUCCACCGUAUAUUACUACCCACAAGGACAUGUCGACAACUAUGGUGGCUCUGCCUCAACGCAGACGCUUUGUGCUAACUUUCCCAGCAUAAAAUGUCACGUUAACUCUAUGAGAUUUCUGGCUGAUCCGGCGACUGACGAGGUGUUUGCGCACAUGAAUAUGAGGCCUAUGCAGCCUCAAGAGACUAGUGUUGGACCCGCUAGGUCAAAAGAGCCGGUAACGGAUUUCAUCGACUCUGUUUUUUAUAAGCCUUUGGAGUAUUCUGAUCUUAUUGGUGGGGGUUUGAGAGUUGAGAAAAUAUUCGACAAGGAGAAGGAAGAUAACAUUGUCGUUAUACACGAUAUACACAACCGCGAAUGGGAAGUUCAGCACGUCUAUGACAAUGCAAGCAAUUCCCAUCAUCUUACUAAUGGAUGGAGUCGCUUUACCUCUUCCAAAAAGCUUCACGCAGGAGACGAGUUAGUUUUCAUGAGAACUAAAGAUGGUAGAGUCAUUGUUGGAAUAAGGAGAAGUGUAGUCUCAAUUAGCCAGAAUCACGAACCUACCGGAUUCUCCUUCAUCAGAAACGUAGCUCAUGGAGAUAAGAUUGCGCGAACCGGAAAUGGCCUGUGCUCUGUGGAAAGUCUUGGAACAGCUAUGGGAAAUGCAUUGAAUAAGGUUGAGUUUGAAGCGGUUUACUACCCGAUGACUGGAAAGUCGAGCUUUUUCUAUGAUUCAGAGGCUGUAGAUUUCUUUGCGAAAAAGAAAUGGGUUAUUGGAAUGAGGGUGAAAAAGAACAUAGUUGUGGACCACCGUUUAGGGAGGAUUACUCACUUUGGUUUCAUUACAGGCAUACGUAACGAGCGUAACUCUCCCUGGAAACGUCUCAAGGUCAUGUGGGACCAAGUAGAAGCUGAGCAACUGGAAAACUGUUGGGAAAUAAGGCCAGAUAUUCCCUCUGUCCCUGAACAAAAGAGAGAGCCAGAUAUUCCUAUUGUCCGUGAGCCAAAGAGAGGAUUCAAGUUGUUUGGUCAAACAAUGGCAGUUAAUGAGAUUUAG